AUGGUGGCAUGUAAUCGAUGUCGCAAUAGGAAGACACGAUGUGCUGGCAAUCCUCCGUACCCGUGUGCCGCCUGCGAGGAUGUGGGUCAAGUAUGCGUAUACUCUGAAGCUGAAAAGCGUGUGUCGAUUCCAGAAAGUUAUUUUCUGCAACUUCAGUCCCAGGCCCGCACGUCUUCCCGCCGAGAUCAGUCUGCCAACGCGACCCCUGCUCAGCCCAGCCCCUACACCAAUGUAGAAGCUCCACCGGAGCGCGACGAUUGGUGGUAUAAGGGGACUGAUCACUUAUUCUUGAAUCGAUCCGGGGAGCAUCAAUUCGUGGGAGCUUCAUCCGCUACCCAUCUGGCCAAACGUCUCAAUCCGACUUCAACUAAUUUCGCAUGGGAUGUUCGCCCGUUAUAUGAUGACCCUUCGUCGCUGCGGUUAUCAACGACCAGAGCUCUACCCCAGAUGCCACCGUUUGAGUUCGCCAAGCGACUUUUCUGGGUGCAGUACACCUAUAUUGGAACCAUCUUCUCCUUGAUUCAUCCCGCAGAUAUUGAAGAACGGUUGAAGACAGUAUAUGACCAACCACCAGACUUCUCGUCUCGAGAAUCCUGUCUAGUUUACUGCCAGGUAUUACUGGUUGUGGCCUUUGGGCUGAUGUACUCGGUGAAUCAAUGGUCGGGAGACGAUGGCCCGCCUGGGUUCAAAUACUUCAAGCAUGCACUACGUUUCCUGCCAGACAUCCACGAGGAGGGCUCAAUAUUCUUUGUCGAAGUGUUGUGCUAUGUGGCCUACUACAUGCAGAACCUCAAUAGGCGCGAUGCUGCCUUCCUAUACAUCGGCCUCGCUCUGCGCAUGGCCAUUUCACUAGGUCUUCACCAAGAGGUCUCAGAUCCCUCAAUCAGUGAAGGUGAUCGAAACCGCCGGCGACGAGCAUGGUGGUCUGUAUAUAGCUUGGAUCGAUUGCUGUCUGUCAAGUCAGGAAAUCCUAUCACGAUUCAUGACGAGGACAUUGGAAUAAAAUGGCCAAUACCAAUAGAUAGGACAGCUGACGUUCCAUGGCCUUCAGUCGUGCUGACCUAUUACACGCAGUUGUCGAGGAUCUUAGGGAGGAUAGGAGAAGAAAUCUAUCGUAAAAAGCCCCGGUCUGGUUCCAACCUACUUGCGUCCGUGCAGAGCAUCACGAACGAUCUAUCGGAAUGGCUUCAACGGAUUCCGGAUCGGCUCCGGAUCGACUUCUCCAGUCUCCACAACAAUGUAAAUCGUGAAUCGGUGUCAAUCUUUUUGCACUUUUAUUCAUGUGUCAAUAUGACUGCACGGCCUCUGGUAUUUUAUGUUAUACAGCGUCGACUUGACGCAGGUGAUCAAUCCUCUGUGGCAGGCGACUGGAAAGAAGGGCUAUCACCAAAUACCGUGGCGGUCAUAGACAGCUGCAUUAGUGCUGCUCGGGCUACUACUGUUAUUAUGGAUGCUGCGGCGAAGCAAAAUCUUAAAGCCACGUACGGCUAUCUCGACGGCGAAUACGUAUUUUCGGCAGCUCUGUUGCUCGUCAUGGUCAAUGCCGCCUUUCCUUACAACGAAACGAAUGCACGGAGUAUGGGAGUAGCGCUAAGCCUUCUCCGCAAUAUGGCAGAUCGCGGCAAUGCUUACCUAGCCUCCCGGCACUCCCUUUUAAUCGAACUACAAUCGGCGAUUGGGCCUAACCCCUCACGGAGAGACGACAUCGCUAUCGGUACCCCUAUCACACCCAGUAGCAUACAGCAAGCAAGUCCGGCUACAAAUAUCGUUCCAGAGCAAGCACCGGUGGUCUCUACUGAGUGGCCCUCGCAGCAGGAUCUACCGUCUAUGCGCGAUAUCUCGUUCAAUUUUGACAUCAACGAUGACCCAGGACUGUGGGAAGAGGUGUUAGAUCAAAUUGAUAUUGAUAUGGAUACGGACUGGAUUGAGAAUACUUUGAAGAAAUAG